AUGCUCAUUAUUCUUAGGGCGUCCCGUUUCUUCGGUUCAAGCUGUGCAGUGAAACUUGCUAGUCUAGAAUCAUUCGCUUGGCCUAAUAACUACCUAGCUGGUUGGAACCUAAGAGUCUUUCUUGUGCUUAGCGGAAUGUACGAAAUCUGUCAUUGGUAUAUCCGGCGACAUGAAAAAAGCGUGGCAAUAUGCAGGAUAAAGAAGCAAGCCUGA